AUGUUGUUUAAAAUGAUUCUUCAGCUGGUGCUUAUCGUUCAGUUUUCAUUGGUAUUAUGCCAGGAAAUAGGCUCUCUACGGAUCAUGAAUGGCACUGUGGCCAAGGAGAAGCAGUUUCCUUACCAGGCGCAGUUGCUGAGCUACUUCGAAGGUGACAUGAAUGAACCCCAUCUGUGUGGUGGCACCAUCCUAUCCCCUCGCUGGAUUGUAACCGCAGCUCAUUGCCUACAAGAUCCAAAAUCUAAGCUAUCUAAAGUGCUGGUCUACGUAGGCAGCACUGAAUCUUAUCCUGAUAACGAAAUCGUAAUUAAAAGGAGUAACACCAUUGUGCAUAAGAGAUUCGAUCGCAAAACUGUGUUCAACGAUAUUGGCCUCAUCAAACUUCCCAAAAAGCUCGUUUACAAUAAACAUAUUCAACCCGCCAAGUUGCCCAGUGCGAAGAAAACCUAUGCAGGUCGCAGGGCCAUUAUAUCUGGAUGGGGUCAGACCAACCAGGGCAACGCAAGCAAUGUCCUUUUGUACAUCCAAGCCCCUAUUGUAACAAACAGGGAGUGCGAGAGUCAGUGGAACAAACAACUAAAGAACAAGGGCAGGAAAGUUGUGCCCAGCACCUUUAUAUGCAUAAAUUCCGAGAAGGGUCUGCCAUGUUCAGGCGAUUCCGGAGGACCAAUGGUAUUGGACGAUGGCUCCAGAACCUUGGUGGGAAUUGUGUCCCACGGAUUCGAUGCCGAAUGCAAGCUGAAGCUGCCAGAUAUAUCUACACGAGUUUCGUCCUUUUUGAAGUGGAUUAAAUACUACACAAAUGGGCUUAAAUAAUAAAAAACAAAUCUCUUUUCAAA